AAUUCACCAAUUCAUUAUUAUCGCAAUAUACGGAACCGGCGGUGAAACGGCAGGUUUGAAGAGACGAGAGAGGGAGAGGGAUGGAUUCACAUUCACUGAUACCAAAAAACGAGAGAAUGGAUUCACGGGAGAGGGAUCCACCGGCGGUGACGACGACUACGAAACAUCAACCUUACUUGAGUAGCCUAGUUGUGCGACCCACCGAUAGCGGCGGUGGAGGUGGAGGAGGUAGCGACUACGAGUCUGGAGAAGUUCGCCGUGAUUUUCGUUCCGAUCGAUUCCCUGAAUCAGGAUAUGGGGUGCGUGCAGGUUCUGGUUCUCCUUUGCGCCACAGAAAGUUUGAUCGUCACUAUGGUUCUGAUUUUGAUCGUCCAGCUGGGUUGCAACGAGGUCGUGGAUUUAGGGGGGGAAGGGGUAAUGGCAGAUUUCGAGAUUAUUCACCUCCUUAUGGCCGAGGAAGGAGCAGUGGCAGGUCCUAUGCGAGAGGUUUCGAUGAAGCUGGAUUUGGUCCUCCCCCCUUCAGAGGUGAAGGCAUGAACAGAAAUAACCCAAAUGUGUCUCCAAGAGAAGGAGAUUGGAUCUGCCCAGAUCCCUCUUGUGGGAACCUGAACUUUGCACGGCGGGAAUACUGCAACAACUGCAACAGACUUCGUUUUGGACCUGGUAGUAGUCCAAGAAGGAAUUAUCAGGGUCCAGUGCCACAGGCUCCCCCACCACGCUUCUCUGGUCCACCAAUGAAUCGCUCUCCUAGGAGUAUGAAUGGCUAUAGGUCCCCACCACGUGAGUGGGUCAGAGAUCGUCCUAGGAUGUUUGGUGCUGAUCUGCCUCACCUCAGGCAUGGAGGAAGGUUUCCAGAUAAUCAGAUGCAGAGAGAGAGGAUAGAUUAUCAUGAGGAGGAAGACUACAGGGCAAGGGACAAGUUUGAUGGGCCUCUGCCUCUUGAAUGGGGCCCUAGAGACCGCGGAAGGGAGAAUUUUUUUCAUGAAAGGAGAGGGUAUGAGGGGAGGAAUGAUCGACAUCCACUGUCUCCACCUCCGCCUCCAUCUCAUCGUGGCCGGUGGGGUCGUGAUUUGAGAGAGAGAAGCCGAUCACCAAUUAGGGGUGGACCUCCACCAAGGGAUUUUAGCAGGGAUCCAUAUAUGGACAGAGGACUGGAUGGUCGACAAGAUAUGAUUAGAGAGCGAAUGAGUGAGCCGUACUAGCUUUGGUUCAGCAACUGGAGGUAUGCCGGUGGGAAGAAAAGGUUCUAGUUCAAAGUUAAAAUUGCUGGUGUUUUCCUUUCAAGAAGUUGUUCUGGACUCUUAAAGAGUAUAUAGAUCAAAGCUUGAUAAAUUAGAAGAUGGGAGUAUAGAUUUAUCGUUUUUGUUGCAAUCUGGUUUUUCGACGGUGGUAUUCCAAUGUGCUCUGUUAUUUAUUUUCAAGGCAUAUCGAUAGGUACAUUUUUUCUUCUGCUCA